AUGACACGCCGAUUUGUUCGCGCGGGCGUCCAGCUCGCAAUAUUUGCUAUCGUCAUUUUGCUUCUCAUCGUCACAUUAGAUAACAAAUUCCGUGUCCUUCCAGCCUCCAUCCACGGCCAUCUUCCCUCCCACUAUUCCGGCCUUGUCGUCACUGAUGUCACCGUGGUGACCUGCUCGGUCCUCAACAUCCUGUCCGGUUGCAAACCCUCGUCGCCGGAAUGGACACAAGUAGAAAAGGACUUAUAUUUGCGAUCGGGGUGGACUUCCGCUGCAUACGUUCAAUUCCAACGGAAAAAGGAACAGGACCUCCUUCCCUCAGAUAAGGUCGUCAUUGACCUGAAAAUCGGCCGGCUUGAGCCAGAGUUCAACGACAACCCGAAAGAAGAUAAAAUCGCCUGGGAACAGCGCCCUGGCGGAUUAUGGUUGAAGAGAACGGCGAAACGGCAUGCGAGCGAUUCUCACAAUGCAAUCACCGCCGUCGAUGUCCUUUUUGGUGCAGAUGCGGUGGAUCCUCGAGCAGGUUGGGAGGUUAGGGAUACAGCGGUGUUGCUGGAUAGUCGGACGGAGGACCUGGAAGCUCGGAUUACAGUCCGCAGGGGAAACCCGUCGAAAAUUAAAAAGCCGGUGCCGAGGAUCAACGAGAAUGGUCGUUUUAAAAUUAUGCAGCUGGCGGACCUACAUCUGAGUACUGGGCUUGGCCACUGUCGAGACCCUGUGCCCGAGGAGCUCGUCCCCGGUCAAGGAUGUGAGGCAGAUCCACGAACGUUGGACUUUGUGGAGAAACUUCUGGACGAGGAGCAACCGGACUUGGUCAUUCUGAGCGGAGACCAAGUGAACGGUGAGACAUCCAAAGAUGCCCAGAGUCCUCUUUACAAGUCUGUCAAGCUGUUAGUUGACCGCAAAAUUCCCUACGCGGCUAUUUUCGGGAACCACGACGAUGAAGGCGAUCUAGAUCGCCAACAAACCAUGGCUUUUCUCGAAGAGCUGCCAUACUCACUAUCAUCGGCCGGUCCUGAAGACGUAGAUGGUGUUGGAAACUACAUCUUGGAAGUGCUAGGCCGCGGAAAUACCGGCCACUCGGCCCUUACACUUUACCUUCUCGACUCCCACUCGUAUUCUCCCGAUGAACGCCAGUUCCGAGGAUAUGAUUGGAUCAAGCCGAGCCAGAUUCGCUGGUUCAAAAACACAGCCCAGGGGCUGAAAAACAAACAUCACGAAUAUGCCUAUAUGCAUAUGAACAUGGCGUUCAUCCACAUUCCGCUGCCUGAGUUUGCUCAGAGAGGAAAUUAUUUCCGAGGGGAUUGGUCGGAACCUUCCACCGCGCCAGGUUUCAACUCAGGGUUCAAGGAUGCACUCGAAGAAGAAGGCAUCCUUUUUGUCGGCUGUGGACAUGACCACGCCAACGAUUACUGCGCUCUCAGCAAAAAUUCCGCCGAGAAGCCGUCACUUUGGAUGUGCUACGGAGGAGGUUCCGGAUUCGGUGGUUACGGUGGCUAUGGCGGCUUCAUCCGCCGCGUGCGAUUCUACGACUUUGAUAUGAACGCUGGCCGGGCUGUGACGUACAAACGGCUGGAAUAUGGCGACGUCGAUUCCAGAAUCGAUGAGAUGAUGAUCGUCGAUGGGGGUGCAGUGAAGGGCCCAGAUUGA